AGAGAGAGAGUAACGGCGUGCGUGAGGAAAUGAACGGGGAGUUAAGAAGGAGUGUUGUUGUGCGUACGUGUUAGGUACGAAAAGCGAAGGGUCAUUUGCACCAUCUGUCUGGUGUCUACCUCCACCCUUCUUCUCAUUAUUUUUGUGUAUAAAUAUAUCCAUUUUCAUCUAACACAUCACAAACCAAACAACUACUACUACUACUACUGCACACUCUCUCUCUCUCUCUCUCAUUGUAUGGCCGCCAAUUCGAGUAGCCGAGGGAUCACCGCCUUGGGGAAGCGAGUCGCCAACCAGAUCUGGACUUCCAACCCCCCCUCAGCUCCUCUCACUUCCAGGAGGGGAGCAAUAGCAGCUGCAUACAGUAGCAGCGGCGGGUCAGUGUAUGACAAGAACCCUGAUGAUCAGAUCCACUCUGGGGCGGUCCCAGACGAUGUGAUCCAGGCAACACAAUCCGGCAAAUACUGGGCCCCACACCCACAGACUGGGGUAUUUGGGCCCCCCGGAGGAGCAGGAGACGAAGCUGCAUCUGCUCCCACUUCCACUUCCACUUCCACUUCUGAUGCCCUGGAGGAGAAGGCCUGGUUUCGCCCCACCAGUCUCGAGGAUUUCGAGAAGCCUCACACCCUUCCUUAACAACCCCUUUCUUUCUUUCAAUUAGGACAUCAUAUAUAUUAUACAAAAUUAAAUAAAUAAACACUAGUCAGUAGUAGUGACUAGUGACCAAGUGGAAGUGGUGUCAGGUGUGGUUGCUUAGCUUUCCCUGUGUAUACUUAUUUAGUCCUCAGCUUCACUCCAUCUGCAGGGUUGCUUGGUUGGUUGGUGAUGCAUGCAUGCUCCCCUCUAGUACAUAGCAGCUAGCUACUCAUGAACUACCUUAUGAUGCAUCAUGUAUUUCUCUUUUCAUACAACAACUUUUAUGUCAGACUUAUUAUUAUUAUUAUGCUUAUGCUACUACUACUGCUUAUACUACUAUAUGCA